AUGCAGCAAGACGCGCAUGAAUUUUUGAACUACUUGUUGAACACCGUUUCUGAGACUUUAAUAGAGGAGAAAAAUGCCGAAAGAGAGCGUAUGAUGAGGAAUGGGACACUACGUAAAGGUACUUUAGGAACAGAUCGAGGUCGAGAUGAAGCGAGCGGGUCCUCAUCGAAGACUGAUACAACCUGGAUUCACGAAAUUUUUCAAGGAACUUUGACUAAUGAAACCCGUUGCUUGUGUUGUGAGACUGUGUCUAGCAAAGAUGAGGACUUUCUUGAUUUGUCCGUGGAUAUAGAUCAAAAUGCUUCAAUCACUCAUUGUUUGCGA